AUGGCGCCCAGAAUUAGCACCAUGGACAGGAUUCGGGCUGAAUUGCUUCGGAGAGCUCGCGUUGAAAGAGCUGCGGAAUCCGAGCAUCAGUCGUACCAAACGAGUGAGCAACCGGCACGGAAUGCAAACAACGGAACCUUGGCAAUGAGUGGAGAGCCCUCGCCGUUUGACCCAUCACAGCACAGGAGCUUUCUGUCGAGAAUACGUGCAAGCAUGUGCAAUCCGCUAGAAACACAAGCUCCUAGGUCACCAGAGCCUCCCGUGCGACCAUUCACGCUGUCGUCAUCGCGAUAUGCUUCAUCUGGAAACCCACCUAGUUCCUUACCAUCGCCAAUUCUCAUGUCCCACAUGUCGACAUUCAACCCGCUAUGCCCUCCUCAACCAGUAGCUACACCGGUGACAAGCGCACAGCAGGAGCCUUGUACCUCUGGACCCUUCUGCAGCGAGCAUUUCCUACAACACAGCAGCAUCGUGUACGAUGCCCGGAAUUUUUCGAGACAGCCGCGGGGAGGCCAAGUUCAGGGAAUCGAUGUGGAGGGCGGGAGGAAGUCACCUCCCAGGAACUUCUUGUUUUGCUUUCCUUGGGUCAAGUCACGAAAAGUUCGGUCCCAGAUCCUGACGUGCUUCGUCUCGGGCAUGUUUCUAGCCAGUUUGCUGGCCGUAUAUUUGGGAUUGGCUCUCACUAGCCACAUUGCGCGAGGGGAACUGACCAUCAUGAUCAUCCUCGUCAUCCUGUCUGCCACCAUUUUCUUUGGCUUCAGCGUGAUUCGACUCUGCACCCUCAUCGCCCGUGGAGACCGGGCCAGAAGAAGGAUACGUGCUGAGAUGCUGGGAUUGGGAGGCUACGUGGUGCCCCAAAAGCCCAUCCCCGUGGUAUUGGCUCAAGAUGAAGAGGCAGUCGGUGUCGAGAGCGAGGCGUCGAAAUCGAGGCCACCUGCAUACGGUUUGUGGCGAGAAAGCAUACCGGUUGACCCCAAUCGUAUUUUUUGGCAACGCAACGAAGCUGCCAGCACCGCACCCCAGCGACUGGAGACGAGGACCGGACCGCGACCGCCAUCAUAUGCCUCUGAAGACGGAGUAUCUUCAUCAACGCCGAGGAUAUGA